UAUUAAAAAUAUACUAUUUGCUCAAUAUUAUGCUCUGAUAAUGUAACAAAGGCAAACAAAAAGAUGAACGGUAAAUAAUUUCAACGAUUCGGCCACUGGACUGGAUUUCUAGAAUUUCAAAAAGCACGCGAUGCUCUCAGAACAGCUGAUCGAUAUUUUAUAUUCGUUCAUAAAAUGUUUGAUUGCAGGACUUCACUGUCCAUUAAAUCGUAGCCAAGGCCCAACACACGUUUCACCAAGGGCCAUCACACCAACGUCGUUUGAAUAUGAAGAAUUUCCGGGAACGAACGAAGAAGAAUCGACAAACCUAUUGGAAAAUACAGAAAGUUUCUACGCCUACGGUACUAACAACUGCGAUGUUUUAACAAAUACUAUUGCCGACGUCCCCUUUAAUUGGUUUGUGCCGCACAAGACAAAGAGAGGUCGCUUCUUGACAUCGAUUUGUCAAAGUCUCCCUACAGUUGCAAGUAUAAUGUUAUCAGCAAUAGCUAUCAGCAUUUUUGCAGGUGUCUUUGCUUAUCUGGACCUGGAAACAACUGAUAAAUGUAUUGCCAUUCAACACUACUUCAAUAAAUCUAUUCCAUUCCAAGUUAUGAAGCGGAAAUUAAUUGGCGAAUCAUUUCAAGUAUUGCUACUCAACUUUUGGUUUUCGGCGACGAUCGCUUUAUUAUUCGGUGCAAAAGAAUUCUUUAAAAAGUUCAGAUCCUUACUGUGCACUGGUUUAAUAAUGGGACUUUUAGUCGUGAUAUACAAGAUGUAUUUAUUUAUUUUCACCGCAGACCAUAACUUUAGUGAUUCGUACAAAAGAUAUCCUGCAAAUUUCAUAUUCUUACUCGGCGUCAUACUGAGUUGUAUUCAAAUUGCGUAUGCAACAAGACAAUCAAUAACAAGCAUUGUGUUGAGAAUUGGACAGAUUUUUGUAUUCUCUUUCCUCAUGGCAAUUUCUUAUCGUUAUUUAAUCGCUCCUUGGUUUAAUCAACAGAAAAAUGAAAUUUACAAAGCAAUGAUUGCUGCCGCUCUUCCUUUCAUCGCCUUGAUCCCAGUUGCAGUUAGUAAGUACGUGGUGUUGUGUCACUGUUCUGGUUUUGUGACACCUGGCCUGUCGUAUAUUUUGGUCUACUUCAAUUAUUUGGUUCCAGUCACCUUGUACCGGCUCAUGCAGGCUGAUCUAACCGAUAUAAGAUUGUUUGUAGCUUUUUCUUUACUGCACGGAAUAUUCAACAUCCUUGCUCAGUUAACGCGACAUUUUCGUGAAAAUUUAUGGGGUCGUACGCUACGAUUAUUUACAAAAAAUCGUUGGAAUCUAGUCCCAUAUUCCUCACCUCACAACAGAAGAUUACAAGCAGAUCUUGAAAUACAAGAUAUGUUGUCUCAAUUUGGAACUCUCCUUUUGAGUCAAGUUUAUAUGAUGUUUUAUCGUCUCAGCACAUUUGAUGUUGCCUUGAGUAAAGAAAUCAAGAUGAUUUACCCUCGUGUUCUAAUUGGCCUAGCCAUUGAAUUCGUAUUUGCCUGGCUUUCAACUUUUAUUCAGAUUUGGUUGUAUAACAUCGCUAUCAAAACUGUCUGGUCGAGAUACUGGCGACGACAUUUACUUGCCAAUGUUUUAAUCGUUGUGGUGACUGUGUCGUAUUUCUCUCCUGUUUUAUUAAGUGUGUUCAUGUCUCGCAUGGAAACCUUGAAUAAGGAUAAAUAUGCUGUGCAAAACUGUACAACAAAUUUUGUAUAAAUUUAACAUUAACUUUUUAAACUUUCCUAAUUCUGUCCUUAACAAGUAUCUACAGUGAAAAGAUAACUAGUCUUUUAUUCACAUGGUGUUUUGAUAAGUUUUGGUGAUAUAUAUAAAUUAUAAGGC